CGGCAAAGUCUCUCGUAGUUUCAACCAGACGCAGUUCCGAACCCCUUCCACCACAAAGACUACGAGUCGUGGUGCUGAUCGAGGACGCAUCGACAAGCAGAAGCGCUUCACCUUCCCAGAUAUGGGCAAAGCAGAAGAGGAGGCCCGCGCCAAGUAUGAGGAGCGCCAGCACCUGAAGCGCAUUGCUCAACUACAGGAGGCCAAGAUGCGAGUAGCUGAAGCUCGAGCUAUCGCCAAGGAGGAAGCUGCCUACCCUACCUUCCAUCGACAGUGCUCGGCACCCCCCGAGCCCGUCCCCGAGCCCACGUAUCUGUCGACGCUUCCGAACCAUGGCCCCAUCUACGACCACACCGCGCGCCAGAAGUUUAUCCAUGAGAAACUCCAGGUCAUUCUUGGCGAGCAGCGCAUGAAUAUGGGUGUAGGCCUGCCUUCCGGCCACUCAGGCAUCGAUCCGGCCAUCGCGGAGUACCACCAGCAGAAGGCCACUGCGUAUCUUCUGGAGAAUAUCGACGCCUGGAAGUCGGAGCAGCGCCAUCAAGCCGAGGAACAGCAGUGGCAGUUCGCUCAAGAGGAAGAGGAGCGUAAGCGGAUCCAGGCAAUCGUCGACUUUGCCCGAGGCCGUUACAUGCAGCAGGUAGAGAAGCUAGCUCUCUACGGACCUCAAAUGCGCGAGGGUAUUGACAUGCUGGAGGCUGCUGUGCAGAACAACAACUUGAUCGACAUGGCCGAAAUCGUUCGGGUUAUGACCAUUGAGAUUCUCGAGCCCGCGCACGCACUCUUCAAAGCGAUGAAUGAGAACAUUCCACUGGAGGAGGAGGGCGCCCGCGUCCUCAAAGAACAGUGGCCUGUCGAGCGCCUCGACAAACUCUAUACCUUUCUGAAGAACGAGAGCUCGUUGCCAGAGGAGCUCAUCUAUUUCGCAAAGGGUAUCGAGGCUAUCUGCAAGCCCGUCAUCCACCCGACACCUUUCGAGAACCCGCUUGACCCCAAGCCGGUCCCA